CUACCUAGUAUUGCCACUCUGUGUGGCAAGGCAUGGUGCCUACGUGGUGCACACUAGUGCUAGCUUCAUAUGCGAGUAUUGCAGGAGAACAUCAUAACCUACUUGAUUGCCCUAAGCGAAUGGUGCACGUUUUCCCGAGAAUGUGGCAGGGGCUGGGUCCAUGCUCAGUGAGUGUGUCCAGCAACCGAAGAAAGGUGUACUCCAACAAGGCACAUGCAUUGCACCUAGACUGCCACAGAGUGGGUGCCAUGGUUGUCCAAUAAGCUGGAAAGCGGCGGUACGCCUAGCGACUCCGCCUUCGCACUCUUCUUUUCAUUCCACCUCUGCCUCUUAAAGUGUCUUCCUCGCCAUUAUUAGGAAGAGCAAAAGCACGUAUAGCUGCC